CGAUGCGUUCUGCAGUACCCCGAACGAACAAUACGAGACAAUGCUACUCAUCGCAAAAUCACGUACUCUAUCAGCCCGUAUGAACGUCAAGAUGCUCCACUUCCCCCUUGGACUUCUUGCUUUGGAAUUUGACGGCAUCGACUCCGACAUGCCUAAUCCAGACUUCCAUGACAAUGUACUUGGAUACAGAGAUCCUCACACGACGACUCCUGAUUCAUCAUCAGAUCACGCCGCGGCCAACCUUCCACCAGCAACAAAAGCAUCAUGACCAUCCCCUCGAAGAUCUUGGCGAGCAAACCUCCAGAUGCUCAAAAGGAGAUCAAGAUUCAAAUGCCAGUCAAGACCAAUCCUGUCUACAGAGCCCGCACCAACACCUUCCCUCUCUUCUUCGGACUUCAUUACCAGCAUCGCAGCACUUUCCGCCUAAUCUGUGAUAUUCUGUACCUCGCUAUCUAUGCUCACCUAUUGGAAUGUAUUGCUGUCUACGCGAUCAACUACAUGUAUCCAAAUCUAUUGUGGGAAACCUUCGGAUACACAAUCCCAAGAAUCCUGCAAAUCCUGCUCGUGUUCCACAGCAUUCCAGUGAUCGGAUCUUUGUCAAGAACAGUUUUCGGAUGCCGCAUGUCUGUAUUUUUCACGAACAGAUUCCAUAAUGAAACUGUCACAGGAACGGCCACUUUUCUCUUCUCAGUUGCUUAUAUGAUUGCAUCCACUUCCUGAAUCAGAUUCUUCUGGUUCAUGUCAUCAGACAAAACAACCGCCGUUUCAAAGCUGCACCAACUCUCCGCCGUGUUGCCUAAUUAUUCUCACUAUUUUUUUAAAACACAUGUAUUAAUUGAUUUUCUCCUUGUCCAAUUUCACAUUGCACCGAAAUUUAUCGAAAACAUUUGUUUUCCUACCCGUUCGAAUCGGUUUCCCUUUUACGAAAAAUCUUUUUUUUUUCUAUUUGUCUCAGAAACGGACAUUUUCUCACAAAAGAAAUACUUUUUUAAAAUCCAAAUCGGGAAGUGUGAGGCAUCCAAAACUAUUAACAUGGUCUCGAAGAAUAUUGAUUCAUCAAUGAAAUUCUUAUCUGUGUUAAAUUU